AUAAUAAAAAAAUCUGCUUGGAAUCUUCCAGUUUCAUCACUCAACCGAUGAGAGAGUCUGUUCCUUCCGCCGUCCACUGCCUUUAAAUUUGAAGCUCCAUUCUUAAUCGGAGUAUAUUCUCGACCUUUCAACUCAGAGCAGCUUCAACAAUGGCGAUCGAGGCUUGGUUUAUGGACGAUUGCAAUGAAGACCAGAGGCUUCCUCAUCACCCAAACCCUAAAGAAUUCGUCUCCAUGAAUCAAUUGGCAGAAUUAGGCGUUUUGUAUUGGAAAUUGAACCCUGAGAUAUAUGAAAACGAUGAGGAAUUGAAGAAAAUCAGAGACGAUAGAGGAUAUAACUACGUGGAUUUACUUGAUAUAUCUCCAGAGAAACUUGCCAAUUACGAAGGGAAAUUGAAGGAUUUCUACACAGAACACAUUCAUGCUGAUGAGGAAAUUCGUUACUGUUUGGAUGGAAGUGGCUACUUUGAUGUACGGGACAAGAACGACCGUUGGAUUCGAAUCUGGAUUAAGCCCGGCGAUCUUAUCAUCUUGCCGGCUGGUAUCUACCAUCGUUUUACUCUGGACACCAAUAAUUAUACCAAGUUAAUGAGACUAUUCAAGGGAGAGCCAGUUUGGACCCCUUUUAACCGACCACAGGAGCAGCACCCAGCAAGGAAAGAGUACCUCAUGUCCUUCACUGAGAAAGCUGGAGUGGCACUCAAGGCUCAUUAAAGAUUUGUGUGUUCUUCUGUACUAUGCCAUUUAAUACAAAGCUAUGGGGUUAAGCUCAGGUCUUGUAUUGCUGGGUAUGGCUUAGAUUAAAUACUGUAUAAAUAUGGCAACUGCUGUUGAAACCUGGUCUAAGUAAAUGUCUGAAACUUAGAUAUUCUCAAAUAAAUUGUAUUUUUAAGAUGGGAAUCUUUCUCUUUGCAGAAUUUGAAUGGUUUUCUUUUUCUCUUUUGUUGUGCUUAAAUUACAUUUAUUUUUAUUGUUCUACAGAAACUCAUAUUUGUGUUUAUUAAUACUACCAGCCUAUAGUACCUUUCUUUGA